AUGACACACAGCUCUGAUGAUGUUCAUCAAAUGAUGGACGAAAGCUCAGCACGUUUUCACCCGAAACGAGGGAGGAAAACUCGUGGACUGCGUCAACAUGAAUAUAAUAUAAAAGCUGAACGGCUGCAGUACAACGAUUUUCAUCCGUGCUUAUCUGGUGAGAUCGACAAACGAAUCUCUUCUUCAUUCUAUUUCAUACGAACUGAAACUCCCCCUAACAAUGUUAUCUCAAGAGAUUCAUCUAAACCCAAUUUCUCUUCAUAUCUGCAAGUAUUUUUUUGCCGGAAUCUUGCCGGGCCAUGCAAUUCGUCCAAUACUCUCCCUCUUGCCUGUCCCUCGUCCGCCGGCCGCGUAGGUUUCCAAAACUGGGCCCGACUCAUCGCUUCCCCUGAAGUCUCAUCAGCCGAACCCAACUGUUAUUCAGCCUGGACGUCAGACAAAUGCGUCUCAUCCAACGCCUGCCAAAACUCUUCUGCUUGGCUCAAUCGUCGCCACAUCAGCGUCACCCUUCCGCUUUCGGCCUGUCAGUCGUUGGCCUCUCCAACUUUGGCUGCACCACUCCAAUAA